AUGAUAGUCGAUAGUGGCGACAAUUUAUCGAAAAAAGACUUACUCAAAAGCGCAUGCUACGUAUACUUUAUCUGAAGUCACUUGAAACACUGUGAAAUACCGGGUGCGUUUUAUAUAUCUAUAUUUAACACGCUCUGUUGCUGGAAAAAUCGCCUAAUUUGGCAGCAAAUAUCCCCCGUAUAAGAUCAAAGGCAGUUUCACCGGUCCACGUGGAGUAAAGCACGCCUAUGCGUGGACAUAGCCAAUGAGAAAGCGUGUAUUUCAGAGCUUCGAACAAGUGCAGGUGGCUACUGAAAAUUGAAACAGUUUAGCCAGUGCCGUGUAGCGGUGAAAAAACGUGUUUUCUUUAGUCUGUCCGUGUUUUUUCAUAGAUUUUAUUAGUUUGUGUGUUUUUCACUUUUGAAUACUCAGUUUACUUGUUGUGUUGAUUGUUCUUGUGUGUCCUAAAUAUGGCUCUUUGGAGACCUUGGGAUAAUGCUCCAAGCCACGAGGAGAUGGUUGAUGAACCUGUGCAGGCAGAAUUCUUUCAUAAAGAUUUAGAGGAACAGACCCAAAGAGUAAUCCUAAAUAUGUAUGAUUGUCUGAAAAACGAAAAUCCAGAUUCCUCGCAAAAUCAAAUUUUAAACAGAAUUUGUAUCCUGACAAAAAUCAGUCGGUCUACCAUUUAUCGGGUUAUAAAAAGGGGAGAUGUAGUCAACCAUUCCUUCCACAGAAAGCGCAUAGGGCAAAAAUUAAAAAGAAUAGAUGUGGGUUUUCAGGAAGAUAUUCGUCGUAUAAUAUACGGAUUUCAUAAAGAAAAUUUGGUGCCCACGUUGGAAAUGAUACGGGAUAAAUUAAAAGAUUAUCCUGAAGAUUUUUAUAAUUACAAAUGCUCAGACUCACUGCACUGUAUUGUAAAACUGUGUGGUUUUCAAUACAAAAAAUUAGAUAAAAGAAUGGUGAUUAUGGAGUCGUCUCGAAUCGUUGAAUUGCGCCAAGAAUUUUUGCACAAAGUUAAAAUCUAUAGAGAGCAGAAAAGAAAUCUGAUUUACCUGGAUGAAACGUGGUAUGAUACCCAUGAUGUUGUGCAGUACGGCUGGGUUGACGACAGCAACAAGUGCAUUUUAAAUGCACCAUGCAACCGUGGAAAACGAAUCAUUAUUCUCCAUGCUGGCAGUGAAAAUGGAUUUAUACCUAAUGCCUUGCUGUUAUCUGCCAAAAAUAUCAAAGAAUCAUGUGCCGACUAUCAUGAGGACAUGACCUCCGACUUAUUUGAAAAGUGGAUAGAGCAGCAGUUAAUACCAAACAUUUCCCCAAAUUCAGUGAUUAUUAUGGACAAUGCGUCAUACCAUUCCCGACAGAAAAACAAAAUUCCGAAUACAGGCACAAAAAAACAAGACAUUAUUGAUUUUAUGAAGGAUAAGGGAAUGGAAAUACCACAAAAAUCAACCAAAGCCAUAUUAUUGGAUCUUAUUAAAAGACAAAAAUUUGAAAAAGAGUAUGUUGUUGACAAUCUGCUUCAGCAAAAUGGCCAUGAAGUAUUACGUCUACCUCCCUAUUACUGCAUUUUUAACCCGAUUGAGUUGGUCUGGGCUGCUUUAAAAAAAAAGUAAGAAAACAUAAUCAGACCCCUCAAUUAAGUGAAUCGCUAUUGGCCACAAUAAGAGAUGCAGUAUCUCAUAUUGCUGCCACAGACCUAUGGAAGCAGUGUUCUAGGCAUAUUAUUGAAAAAGAAAAUGAAUAUUGUGUUUUGCCUCCUGUAAAUCCCGUUGUAAUUCCUCUACAAGAUGACUCUAGCGACAGCUCCCAAGGCGAGGAUGAUAUAUAAAUACCUAUAAUGUAAGUCUUUAUAUACCUUUUUAUAUACCUACCUGCUAUGUAAAUAUUUGCCUAUGUCAAACGUUGGAAUUCUGUAAUUUUUCCAUUUCUUAACUUUCAGUCAACAUAAAUUAAACUCCCAAUAUAAGUAUUUUUUAUCCCAAAUCAAAAAAAUAAGAAGAUAGUAAAAUCCAUUUAUUGUGAUAUAAAAACAUUAUUAUUAUCGUUCUAAAUAAAUGACCGCACGCCUAUGAUACGUCAUGAAAUUACAAAGGACGUGCCGACCAAAGGUUUUUAUGCUAUUUCAAGUGACUUCAGAUAAAGUAUACAUAAGCUGCCGCAUCCUAAAUGAAAUUAUAGAAUGUUGUGGCGCGGAAAUCUUGGAUAUAGUCUAAUUCUUACUCAAACACUCACUAAAACCAAUAACUUAGGCUCAAAACUAUGUGUGGGCAUUGGUACUGAUACGUGUAAUCUAAUGUUAGGUGAACAAAAGGGCGCUGUAAUGGAAUUGCAAAAAUGUUUCCCAAAUGCUCUAAAAAGCCCAUGCGCAAAUCAUGCCUUGAAUCUUUCGAUUUCAAAGAGCAGCAGUGUCCAAACAGUAAGAAAUACUGUAGGUAUAAUGAAGGAAGUAAUUGCGUUGUUCAAAGCA